CCAGCCAUGUCCUCCAGCUCCCCGCCGGGCGAGCUCAAGAGCCGCAGCCUGGGCCGGCUGUCGCUGCCCAGGAGAGGCAGCAUGACGCCAGGCAAGAAGGCGGCGGCGCUGGAGCUGGCCGAGAGCGCCCCGAACGCCCACUACGCCCCGCUGGCGGCCGCGCAGGGAGGGCAGGCGCCCGCGGGAUGCGGCCCCGCGCCGGAGCGGGAGCGGGCGCCGCGCCUGCGAAGCGAGGUGCUGGUGGUGAGCGCCGACUGCCCGCGGCCCCCCGUCAGCCUGGACCCCCGCGUCUCCAUCUACAGCCUCCGCAAGCCCCUGCUGAGCCGCAGCAGCGUCCAGGGCAGGGUCUACAACUUCUUGGAGCGGCCCACGGGGUGGAAAUGCUUCGUGUACCACUUCACCGUCUUCCUUAUUGUGCUGAUAUGCCUUAUCUUCAGCGUGCUUUCUACAAUUGAGCAGUAUGCAGGUCUUGCUACAGGGACAUUAUUUUGGAUGGAAAUUGUAUUAGUGGUAUUCUUUGGAACAGAAUAUGUGGUUCGGCUAUGGUCAGCAGGAUGCCGCAGUAAAUACGUUGGAAUAUGGGGAAGGCUUCGUUUUGCUAGGAAGCCUAUUUCAAUCAUUGAUUUAAUUGUAGUUGUUGCUUCCAUGAUAGUUCUUUGUGUGGGCUCUAAAGGUCAAGUCUUUGCAACCUCUGCUAUCAGGGGCAUCCGUUUCCUGCAGAUCUUACGGAUGCUGCACGUUGACCGUCAGGGCGGUACCUGGAGGCUGCUUGGAUCAGUGGUGUUCAUACACAGACAGGAACUGAUAACUACACUCUACAUUGGAUUUCUGGGCCUGAUUUUUUCCUCUUAUUUUGUGUACCUGGCUGAGAAAGAUGCUGUAAAUGAUUCUGGAGAAACGGAGUUUGGCAGCUAUGCAGAUGCCCUGUGGUGGGGAGUAGUGACUGUUACAACUAUUGGCUAUGGAGAUAAAGUACCACAGACCUGGAUAGGAAAGACAAUUGCAUCUUGUUUUUCAGUGUUUGCAAUCUCAUUUUUUGCACUGCCUGCGGGAAUUCUUGGUUCAGGCUUUGCCCUAAAGGUACAACAGAAACAAAGACAGAAGCAUUUCAACCGUCAGAUUCCAGCUGCUGCCUCGCUCAUACAGACUGCAUGGAGAUGCUACGCUGCAGAAAACCCAGACUCUUCUACAUGGAAAAUCUACAUUCGAAAACCUGCCAGGAAUUGUCAUUUGCUCUCACCCAGUCCAAAACCAAAGAAAUCAGUGAUGGUUAAAAAGAAGAAAUUUAAGUUAGACAAGGACAAUGGGCCUUCUUCUCCAGACAGGAUGUUGGCUAUACCACACAUCACUUACGACCACGUGGCUGAGGACAGGAAAACUGAUUUCAGUUUUGAACCAUUUGAAAAUUCUGAUUGUCAGCGCUCCUGGUCAUCCUUUUCCACAGACCAGCAGUCUUCCAGUGCUCCUUCCUCUCCAGUAAAAAAGAGCCCGGCGUUUCUAGAUGUGGGCACAGGACCCUUCAUCAGGACCAGCAGCUUUGCUGAUGAGCUUGACCUGGAGGGUGAGACACUGCUGACCCCAAUAACUCACAUCUCACAGCUGCGGGAACACCACCGUGCUGCCAUCAAGGUGAUUCGGAGGAUGCAGUAUUUUGUGGCAAAAAAAAAGUUCCAGCAAGCCAGAAAGCCUUAUGAUGUCCGAGAUGUUAUUGAGCAGUACUCUCAGGGCCACCUCAACCUGAUGGUGCGAAUCAAGGAGCUGCAGAGGAGGUUGGACCAGUCCAUAGGAAAACCAUCUCUUUUUAUCUCCGUCUCAGAGAAAAGCAAAGAUCGAGGAAAUAACACGAUCGGUGCCAGGCUGAACAGAGUGGAGGACAAGGUCACACAAAUGGACCAGAAGCUGAACCUCAUCACAGACAUGCUGCAUCAUCUGGUUUCCCGUCAGCAGGGGGAUGAGGGCAACAACAGAUCUCAGAGAAGCAACAACAAUGUCAGUUCAGAGCAUUUCCUCCCUAACAACACCCUGCCCACCUACGAGCAGCUGACAGUACCGGGAGGAAGUGAAGACGACAUCUCCUGAUGUGGUGCAAGUCUGGGUUGGGUUGUUCCUACUUUUCUCCUCUGAACGGGACUGAGUGUUGAGAACCUGGGAGAAAUUAAGUUCAUCAGCCAACCAAGAAAUCGUGCAACUGCUGUAUCUACACCACUAGUCUCAAACAUGCUAAAGUUUCCCACAGUAGCCAAAGGAUUGCCAGGCUGUCUUCCACCAGACAAAACUUCUGGAAGCUCCACAUUGAUUUUGUUCCUGAACAAAUGAUCACAACUUGUUAUUUCUCAAAAAGACCAAAAUUAUGUAAAGACAGGCAAAAUGGCAAGGAUUUAGA